AUGGCCGACGAUGGGAAGUCGUACAACGAGCACAAUGACCGUGUGAGUGUCCCUCGAAGAAGGAAAGGUCGGGGUCCUUUCCGGUGGACGGGGAACCGUCGGUCUGGAAGAGGCAAUUCUGGUGUUCGAUCUAACCGCCUCGAUGAAGACGAUGGAGAUGUGGCAAUGACUGAUGCCCAGGAUGGACCCCGAGUACGGUACAACCCCUAUGUUAACCGAUCCAACCGUCGCGGUGAUAAUUGGUAUGAUCGAGACAGGAUCCACGUUACUGUGCGGAGAGACAGAGGUCCUCCUGAGCGGGGAGUGGCUGGCCCCAGCCAGGAUGGGACCACAAAGAACUGGUUCAAGAUCACAAUCCCUUAUGGCAGGAAAUAUGACAAGGCAUGGUUGCUGAGCUUGAUUCAGAGCAAGUGUAGUGUUCCCUUCACGCCCAUUGAGUUUCACUAUGAGAACAUGCGGGCCCAGUUUUUUGUUGAGGAUGCCAGUACCGCCUCAGCACUCAAGGCGGUCAACUACAAGAUUGUGGAUCGAGAGAACCGAAAGAUAUCGAUCAUCAUCAAUUCUUCUGCUCCACCCCAGAUUCUACAGAAUGAGCUAAAGCCAGAACACGUCGAGCAGCUAAAGCUCAUCAUGAGCAAAAGAUAUGAUGGCUCCCAGCAAGCACUUGAUCUCAAGGGCCUCCGUACCGACCCAGAUUUGGUGACCCAGAACAUUGAUGUCGUCCUGAGCCGGAGAAACUGUAUGGCGGCUUCCCUACGCAUCAUUGAAGAGAACAUCCCUGAGCUGUUGUCUUUGAAUUUGAGCGGUAAUCGGCUGUUUCGCCUUGAUGAUCUCUCCCCCAUUGUGCAGAAGGCACCUAACCUGAAGAUCCUCAAUCUUUCUGGAAAUGAGCUGAAGUCUGAGCGGGAGCUGGACAAGGUGAAAGGGUUGAAGCUGGAAGAGCUCUGGCUUGAUGGAAAUCCUCUGUGUGACAGCUUCCGAGACCAAUCCACCUACAUCAGCGCCAUUCGCGAACGAUUCCCCAAGUUAUUGCGCCUGGACGGCCAUGAGUUACCCCCACCUAUUGCCUUUGAUGUUGGAGCCCCCACGAUGCUUCCUCCCUGCAAGGGCAGCUAUUUUGGAACAGAGACCCUGAAGAGGCUGCUCCUGCACUUCUUACAGCAAUACUAUGCCAUUUACGACUCUGGAGACCGCCAGGGGCUUUUGGAUGCCUACCAUGAUGGGGCUUGCUGCUCUCUGAGCAUUCCGAUCACCCCCCAGAAUCCGAACCGAAGCAACUUGGCCGAAUACUUCAAGGAUAGCAGGAAUGUGAAGAAGCUGAAAGACCCCAGCCUGCGGUUCCGGUUACUGAAGCACACACGUCUCAACGUUGUUGCCUUCCUCAAUGAGCUGCCCAAAACCCAGCAUGAUGUCAAUUCAUUCGUGGUUGAUAUAAGCGCCCAGACAAGCACAUUGCUGUGUUUUUCUGUCAAUGGCGUCUUCAAGGAAGUGGAUGGAAAGGCCCGGGACUUUUUGCGAGCCUUCACCCGGACGUUCAUCGCUGUCCCUGCCAGCAAUUCUGGGCUGUGCAUCGUAAAUGACGAGCUGUUUGUGCGCAAUGCCAGCCCCGAAGAGAUCCAAAGAGCUUUCGCCAUGCCUGCCCCCACGCCUUCCUCCAGCCCAGUGCCCACACUCUCCCCGGAGCAGCAGGAAAUGCUGCAAGCUUUCUCCAACCAGUCAGGCAUGAACCUCGAGUGGUCCCAGAAGUGCCUUCAGGACAACGACUGGGACUACACCAGAUCUGCUCAGGUCUUCACACAACUCAAGGCUGAGGGCAAGAUCCCAGAAGUGGCAUUCAUGAAGUGAUUCCAGCGCCCGGAAACUCCUUCCUUGUAAAUAGCCCUUGGAUAUUGCGUGGUCAUUGUUACCCUCCCCACCCUGGCCCCAGGCGCACCUUGUGACUGAUCCAGGAGGGACGCCUGUUGGAUCCCUCUCCUCUCCUGCCUUCUGGAGGACUUCCGGGAGAUUGAAUCUCAGUGGUGCCAGGAAGCCAAAGCUUACUUUGUAGAACUGACACUAACCGUAACCGAAGGACUUAGGUGCUUUGUGUAUUUGUCCCCAGACUUCGCCAUACUUUUUAAGAUAAAGAGUGACGUUCUGUUUGUGUCCUG